CCGAAAGACCCGCUCACCCCGCGCUGGCAGCUGGGCCCGCGCUACGCCGCCAAGCAGUUCGCACGGCACGGCGCCGCCUCCGGAGUGGCCGCAGGCUCCCUCUGGCCGUCGCGGGAACAGCUGCAAGAGCUGGAGGCUGAGGAACGGGAGUGGCACCCCAGCCUGGCGGCUAUGCAGGAGUCACUGCGGGUGCAGCGGCUGGCCGAGGAGGAGAAACGUCAAGCCAGGGAGCAGCUCAUAGCAGAGCGGAUGGCUCAGAUGCCACAGAUGAUUGAGGACUGGCGGCGGCAGCAGCGGGAGCGCUGGGAGAAGGCACAGGCGGACAAGCAGCGGCGUGCAAGGCUGCAGGCAGAGGCCCAGGAGCGCCUAGGCUACCACGUGGACCCUCGGAGCACCCGCUUCCAGGAGCUCCUUCAGGACCUGGAGAAGCAGCAGCGCAAGCAUCUCAAGAAGGAAAAACAAAGGCACCAGAAAGAGGCCCAAGCUGCGGCAAUAGCCGCCACCCAGGGCCCAGCGACCUCUGAGCCCCCUAGCUCUUAAGACAGCCAUGUCCUUUUGCAAUAAAGCUUGCUGCCUCCACAGACCA